GUCUGGGAAGGCCCAGGUUUGCCCCUCACAGAGAAAGCAGGGCUGGACCCUGGCCACAAAGGCUGCACAGGCUCAGGCAAUCCUUUUGGCAGCCUUGACUGGCCUAGGCAUGUGGUAUGGGGACAGUGACCAGUAGAAGCUCUGCAGAUCAGCAGGGAUGGUACAGGCCAGGUGGGAACAGAGGAAAGGGGGAUAGUGUCAGUUUCUGAGGCUCAGUCCAGACCUCAUCCCUGGGAGCUGAGUGGGCCUCCACUCCACUCGCCUCUCAUCCCCAGGCCAGGACUGGCUUUGCUUGUCCUUGCCAUGGGCCCCGCCAAACAGAGUGAAGGGAUAGAAGAAAGACCCUUCCUGCCUCACUGACCUCAAGGGCUGAGGUGGGAACCCACCCAGGGAGAGCAUGAGGACAGAGUGAGCUAGUCCCCGUGAACAUGUGGACUCCUGCUUUCCAAGUUGCCACCACCAGUCUCUUUUCUGGCUUCCUUAGCACGGCAGCAUCUCCCUAGAGGUGUCCCUGGGUGAUGGUGGCCCAACUGCUCUGCCUCCCAGCCUUAGUGCUGACUCUUCCACAGCCCAUUGAGGUGAGGGCUGGGCUCCACCUGAGUGGGACAGUGUUUCCUCUGACCACAGCUCUGACUGCUGCCUGUGCAGGUGGCAAGUUCCUCAUCCCCAGCUGAUGAGCAGAGAGUGACUUUGUGAGGAUUCUGUCACAUAUGUGCUCAGGGAUGUGAAUGUACUUCACGGAGGCCUUGAGUGGAAGCCCCUGUGUGUGAGGAGGCCCUGAAGCAGGCACCUGGGGUGCAUGGCUCCUGGAUUCUCGAGGACUUUGGCAAGCAGAGGGUCUGGCGCCAUGUGCUAGGUCACACCAGAAGUGUGAGGCCAUACCCCAGGCCAUUGGAGCAGCCCCUCCUCUCUUCAGGGGUCACCCCACUGCCCAGCUCCCCACCAUGGCUGGGGACCGGCUCCCGAGGAAGGUGAUGGAUGCCAAGAAGCUGGCCAGCCUCCUGCGGGGCGGGCCUGGGGGGCCGCUGGUCAUUGACAGCCGCUCCUUCGUGGAGUAUAAUAGCUGGCACGUGCUCAGCUCUGUGAACAUCUGCUGCUCCAAGCUGGUGAAGCGGCGGCUACAACAGGGCAAGGUGACCAUCGCGGAGCUCGUCCAGCCUGCUGUGCGCAGCCAGGUGGAGGCCACAGAGCCCCAGGAUGUGGUGGUCUAUGACCAGAGCACCCGGGACGCCAGUGUACUGGCUGCAGACAGCUUCCUCUCCAUCCUUCUCAGCAAGCUGGAUGGCUGCUUCCACAGUGUGGCCAUCCUCACAGGGGGCUUUGCCACCUUCUCCUCCUGCUUUCCUGGCCUCUGUGAGGGCCGGCCUGGAGCUCUGCUGUCCAUAAGCCUCUCCCAGCCUUGCCUGCCUGUGCCCAGUGUAGGUCUGACACGCAUCCUGCCUCACCUCUACCUGGGCUCUCAGAAGGACGUCCUGGACAAGGACCUGAUGACCCAGAAUGGAAUAAGCUAUGUCCUCAACGCCAGCAGCUCCUGCCCUAAGCCCGACUUCAUCUGCGAAAGCCGCUUCAUGCGCAUCCCUAUCAAUGAUAACUACUGUGAAAAACUGCUGCCCUGGCUGGACAAGUCCAUUGAGUUCAUAGAUAAAGCCAAGCUAUCCAGCUGCCAAGUCAUCGUCCACUGUCUGGCUGGCAUCUCGCGCUCUGCCACCAUCGCCAUUGCCUACAUCAUGAAGACCAUGGGCAUGUCCUCAGAUGAUGCUUACAGGUUUGUGAAGGACCGUCGCCCGUCCAUCUCACCCAACUUCAAUUUUCUGGGGCAGCUGCUGGAGUAUGAGCGCAGCCUGAAGCUCCUGGCAGCCCUGCAGGGCGACGUGGGCUCUCCCUCUAACCCUAAACCCGCGGAGGCCCCGCUGCCACAGCUGCCGCCACCUACCUCAGACGACGCCGCCCCUGGGAGCGCUGCGGCCCCCGCAGCCAGGGAGGGCGGCCCUGGCGCCUGCGUGGAGCCCCCAGCACCCGCCCCGGCCACCAGCGCGUUGCAGCAGGGUCUGCGCGGCCUGCAUCUCUCCUCCGAGCGCCUCCAGGACACCAAUCGCCUGAAGCGCUCCUUCUCCCUGGACAUCAAGUCGGCCUACACCCCGAGCCGACGGCCUGACGGCCCCGGCCCACCCGACCCCGGCGAGGCCCCGAAGCUCUGCAAACUGGACAGCCCGUCUGGGGGCGCGCUGGGCCUGCCCUCGCCUGGCCCCGACAGCCCGGAAGCGGCCCCUGAGGUGCGCCCUCGGCCCCGCCGGCGGCCCCGGGCCCCAGCCAGUUCCCCCGCGCGCUCCCCAGCGCACUCCCUUGGCCUGAACUUCGGUGAUGCGACCCGCCACACUCCGCGGCACGGCCUUUCGGCGCUGUCGGCGCCGGGGCUGCCCGGCCCGGGCCAGCCGGCUGGCCCCGGAACCUGGGCGGCGCCACUCGACUCCCCGGGCACCCCGUCACCCGACGGGCCCUGGUGCUUCAGCCCCGAGGGCGCUCAGGGGACGAAUGGCUCCCUGUUCAUGCCUUUCAGCCGGGCGGGCGCUCAGGGACCCGGAGGCAGCGGCGACCUGCGGCGGCGCGAGGUGGUGCGGGCCGAGCCCCGGGACGCGCGGACCGGCUGGGUCGAUGAGCCGGUCCCGGAGACGCAGUUCAAGCGCCGCAGCUGCCAGAUGGAGUUUGAGGAGGGCAUGGCAGAGGGGCGCGCUCGCGGUGAGGAGUUGGCUGCUCUGGGCAAGCAGGGGAGCUUCUCUGGCAGCGUCGAGGUCAUCGAGGUGUCCUGACCAGUAGGGCCCCAGCCUCUCCGCUGCCCUUGGCGCCCUGGGCUCCGCUACCAGCAGCUGGCCAUUAUAAAUAUAUAUUAUAUAUAAUGCAAAGAAAGGUAAAUGGUUUUACUGCGAUUUUUAUCGAGAAGUAAAUAUUUCGAUUUUUUUAUUUAUUUGAGCUGUUCAUUCUGGCAAUGAUCUGGCAACAUGCCGGGUGGUCCUCGGAGCUCUAUUUUUACUGUCUGGUAUUUAAACUGAAACAUGUUUCUAAGCAAUAUGAGGCCACCUUCAGUAGCAAGCUGGGGUGCCAGGCCUGGGGUCCCCUCCCCAACUCCCCUGCAAUCCCAGGAAACACUGCUGACCUUUGCAAAGAGGCUGCCGAGCUUUCAGCUUUUGUGCACUUUUUACGUAAGAAAAAGG